AUGCACUAUUAUGGGGAGAGGUACAAACAACUGUACCUGCCGGGCUCCAGCUACGUCACCGAAAGCCACCAGCAUUGCACAUCCCAACCUGAUGCAUGCAGCACCACAUGCCACCCGCUGAGCAUCAUCAAGAGCCCAAUGCCCAGAUGGCAGAGCUACGUGCAGCCUUUCACCUACGUGUGCUCACAGCCCAGCGUGACCCACAGCACGCUGCUGCCCUGCCAGCCCUGUGUGCAGCAGUGUGUCAUGCUGUGUCCGGAGCCCUGUGAGACCACACGUCUGCUGCCCUGCAGAAAGCCCAGCGUGCGGCUCAGCCCUGCUCCAGCUCUGCAGUCCUGUGAGAACGGCCACUUGGAGAAGAAACGCGUGGCCAAGAGCCUCCCACCCUGUGCUCCACGGUGCCCAGAGCCAGGCAAACUCAAGUUCCCACCAUGUGGGAUCAGGUAUUCAUCCUCCUGCAAGGAUGAGUGCAGGUCAAGGAAGGUUUCCAGGUGCCUGUCACAGCGGUAUGGUGCAGAGAACCGCUGUCUGCAGGGGAUGACCAGCGGCUAUUCCCUGCCACUUCGGGGGGUCACCGAGUGCCCCCCGCAGCAGUGUGUGACACAGUGCUUCCUGGAGGAGUACAUCAGCCCCUUCCCCCACCAGAAGUGCUCCAAGGGGUACCCAACGCAGGAGUGCAUCACCACCUGCACCCCACAGCAGGUGCCCAAAUGCCCCCCUGGGAGUGGGGCGAAGGUGAGCUCAUCCCAGCAGCGCCUGGCCAAGUGCUCGCUGCUGCAGGAGGGAGCCAAGCAUAAGAGCUCAUCGACUCAGCACAUCAACAAGUCCAAGUGCCUCCACCCAUGUGCCAUCCAGCGCUCACCGCGGCACCAUGCGGGGGAUGUGAAGCGUUCGAGCCACUCCAAGAAGAGCCGCUGUGCUUCCAAAUGUCUCUGGUGA